AUGCAGUAUCGGUCUCAUCCACCUUUGGAUUUAUUACAACAACAGCCUUUGACUCGUCGACAUAGUGACUGGGUAGUGAAUUCCACGAACCCUUUGCUUGAUCCUUUCAGCUCACGCCUUGAUGGUUUGGUAAGCCAGCAAAUCACUAGUCCCUUGUCUUUUGAUCUCGUCGGUGUGACCACAGAGACACAGGAGACUAAUUCGAGUCCGUUUACUUCUUCUGGUGGAUUUGAUUUUCUCAAAGCUUUCAUUCCAACAGCGGGGACUUCAACCAAUGCCGCACCGCAAUAUCCUCCUGGUUUCGAGUCGAUCCAGCAUCAGCAGCUCUCAUCAGUCUCCGUUAACCCACUUUUUCCUCCAUUAAAGACAGACGAUUUGGGUUCUGGUGGUGACACCGCCUGCAUCACCUCGCUAAAUGGCCCAUGGUCAAACAACGGUUGCACAUCAACCUCCAUAUUUAUGCCUUCCCACGGCUCACUUGCACAACACGAUUUCACCGCUGGCUCCGAUUCACUGCCUAAGACAUCUCUAUUGCAACAUUUGUUCAGUUCGCCCCAAUCCGGGUCACUGUUGGGGGAUAUUGAUGCCAAAACUGCCACACAACUGAAUGCAAUCUGGUCACCCUCAGCUACCGGUGAUCUUCCCAGUUCUGAUGAUCAUUUGUACGCCUUCCCGUCCUACAUUGAGGCAGCGGCGAGUGCCUUGGUCGAUAUUCAUGAUGAUCCACCAUCUUCGAAACGAGACCUUUCACUGAAUAGUUCUUCAGACACAUUUCGUGCUAGCAGCUCACCUAUUGAUUCAUCAGCCCGCUGUGGUGCCAUCGGUGAGGGUCGCCGUCGGCGACGAGGUGUUUCAAGUCCUUCAUUGCCUAAUGAUCAUACUUCUCUUGGUCCUAUCACUUCUGUUCCAUCAACCGUCGCAUCAAUAACUGAGGUCGCUUAG